GAAUUGGUUGCUGUUGGUGAACUUCGAGUAGCGAACUUUUCUGAUUCUGAUUUUAAAGAAAUCAAACAUGAAAUAAAUGUUCUCAAGCAGCUACGACAUGAAAAUAUUAUACAAUUCAUCGGUGUAUCUACAAAUACAAGACAUUUAUGUAUUAUUACGGAAUUAUGUGAAAAUGGUGAUAUGUUUGAUUUCAUGAGAGCAUAUCCGAAACCAUUGUUUAGUCAACAGAUAAUGUAUAUGCAUGACAUCGCCCUAGGUGUUACUUACUUACACACACGACGUCCUAGUAUUAUUCAUAGAGAUUUAAAAUCGAUGAAUAUCUUGAUAUCUAGUGAUUUAAAAGCAAAAAUUAACGAUUUUGGCCUUGCCCGUAUCCGACCUAGAAAUGCGAGCAUGCAUACACAAUGUGGUACUCCAAAUUGGCAAGCACCUGAAUUUUGGACAUCUAAACCAAGCUAUACCGAAAAGGUAUAUGCUUGUGGUCUUAUAUUUUGGGAAAUUAUGACAUGGGCUGAACUUGGAUACCCGUAUCAAAAUUUUUCUGAACAUCAAUUGUACGAAGCAGUACGAGAUAGAGGAGUUCGCCCAAGCUUGGAAACUUUAAGAAUAUAUCCAGUCAAAUUAUUAAGUUUGGUUGAGGAUAUGUGGAAUUCUAACCCAAAAAAUAGGCCUAGCAUGGGUGUUGUUGUUGAAAAACUUGCAGAAUUUCUAUCUUAA